AAAACAGCGAGUAUCGCUUCUACAAAAUUCGUAAUUCUACGAGUGUAAAAUGAAUUACAAAACUUACAACAAUUAAAUCUAAGAUAACACAUAUUGGUGGUGAAGUACACGUGAAACUGUAGCGCAUUUCGAUGGUUUUUUAUUCGCUUGAAUUCGGGUGAAAAUGUUAAACCAAGCAGUCAUCGAGGCUUUGUACUCCGCAACUUACAUCGAAAAUUACUUGGACUGCGUUGAAAAUCUUCCAAAUGAUCUUCAAAGACACGUCUCUCGAUUACGGGAGCUGGACGCUACCUGUCAAAGCUAUUUGAGAGACGUUGAUCAACAGCAAGAUAUACUGCGAAGCGACGUUGAUAUGUCAACCUGGAGGCGAGCGUUGCUAAAAGUUCAACAAGCCCUAAUAGCGGCGCAAGAAAUUGGGGAUGAAAAAUUGCAGAUAGUACAACAGGUUCAAGAUCACAUUGAGAAUAAGUCACGUCAAUUGGAUUUGGACUACCGCAAUUUAGACUUUGGCAAGGAACAAGAAGCUGCAGAACCAGCACGAGAUUCUAAUGCAAACGUCAACGCGGCGACAACUGGAACCGCCAACACUUCUGAGAGGCAAACAAAGCGGACUAGAAGGCCUAGAAAUGAUACUUUGGUUGAAUCUGCGCAUGCUAUGGACAUAGUUGUCGCAACAGAGACUCGUUCAGCUACCUUGGCUGCCGCGAAUACAGGAUCGCAGAAAAAGGCAGCUGCUGCUACUACGGGAAAAAAGAAGAAGAGAAGGCGCCAGGUUACUCAACAAAGUCAACAUCGGGAAGAUACUCCGCCACCGCCUGAAGAUGCCAUAGAUCCUGACGAGCCAACAUAUUGCCUUUGUGAUCAGAUCUCAUAUGGAGAAAUGAUCCUCUGCGACAAUGAUCUGUGUCCUAUAGAGUGGUUCCACUUUUCAUGCGUCUCUCUAAGCACGAAACCUAAGGGAAAAUGGUUUUGUCCAAAAUGUAGGGGAGACCGACCAAACGUUAUGAAACCUAAGGCUCAGUUUCUCAAAGAACUUGAAAGGUACAAUAAAGAGAAGGAGGAAAAAUCAUAGCAUUAAAAAUAGUGAUGGGAAUAAAAUAGUAAACCCAUUAUUUGAUUGAUUCGUCAUUGUUUGUCCAAUGAUUCCGUUUUAUUUAUUACAGAAUGAUUUAGAUAUUCUUUGAGACUUACAACGCAUGUUUAAAAAAUCUAUUGCUGGAAUUAUAUUGACCUCAAGUUUUUUUCAUCGGAAUGUUAUCAACCGAUGUUCAGUUUCCUUCAGAAUAAUUGACUAUUCAGUUCACACAACAUGAAAAUCUUUCAAACAUCAAUUUUACUAUUUUCAACCAUAAUACACAGUUAAUGUUUAGUGUUAUAUUUAAAUGUGUUGAAGUUAAUUUUAUGAUUUUAGCAUGAUUAAUCACGUUCACUUCACUUUUAAGUUGAUACACAUCUAAGGUGUUGAGCUCAUCAUUGGUCUUCUCGUGUUAAAAGUAUUAUUACCUUAUUUCACAGGAAUUGAGUCAAACCCCAAUUUUGUUGAUCAGUUUCCGAGCAUUUUUAUUUAUUCUCUUGCAGAUUGGAAUUAAGUUGAACUAUGUAAAUAAAUCGUAAUGAAAAUUUA